CCUUCACUAUAUAAAGCAGCAGACGCUGGCUCAGGGACAUUUGCCGCGAGAGGGCCAUGCCAGCAGCAGCCUCCUCCAUGCCCAGGGUAGACAAAAUGCCAGGAGUGUUCUUCUCUGCUCACCCAAAGGAGCUAAAAGGGGCUGGACACUCACUUCUAGACGACAAAACACCAAAAAGGAGGCCAAAGACGUUUGGCAUGGACGUGAAAGCGUACCUGAGGUCUAUGAUCCCCCAUCUGGAGUCGGGAAUGAGGUCUGCCAAGUCCAAAGACAUACUUUCUGCUGACGAAGUAAUGCAGUGGUCUCAAUCUCUGGAAAAACUUCUUGCUAGCCAAACUGGUCUAGAUGUCUUUGGAAGCUUCCUAAAGUCCGAGUUCAGUGAGGAGAACAUUGAGUUCUGGCUGGCCUGUGAAGACUAUAAAAAAACGGACUCUGAUCAUUUGCAUUGCAAAGCAGAGAAGAUAUACAAAGCAUUUGUGCAUUCAGAUGCUGCUAAGCAAAUCAAUAUAGACUUCCGCACACGAGAAUCUACAGCUAAGAAAGUUAAAGCACCCACCCCUACGUGCUUUGAUGAAGCUCAGAAAAUUAUAUACACUCUUAUGGAAAAGGACUCUUAUCCCAGGUUCCUCAAAUCAGAUAUUUACUUAAAUCUCCUGAACGACCUUCAGCCUAGCAGCCUAAAGUGACAGUCCCUGGCUCAGGAGAGUGAAGAGACUAUCAAUCACAGGAAGAAUGUUCCAGCACGGCUCCCUGGGAGAACACCCUGGCCUUUUAGGGUGGCCUGACACACGCAGAGGAAGAACAAAUGACUUGGAAUGGGCACGUGGAAUUUAUCCAGGUGUGGAGUUCAAGACUCACAGCAAGAUGAGAACUGAGACAGUGUAGGAGAAAGGCAGGCCGGUGGUACUGUCAGAAAAUAAAGGCCACCUCUGUGUUAGAAAACCCCUCAGAACUGGGAGGGCUGGGGAACUCCAGAUGCACAGAAACUGUGAAUAAAUCGCAACAGGCCAUAGGCUUCAAGUUCAACUGGGAUUUAUGCCCCGUGGUUUUAUAAUAGAUUGAGCUGCUGAGACCUCUGCAACUUGAACUGACUAUUUAAAAAGUCUAUUUCACAAUCGCCAUUGUUACUGUUGACGUACAGGUUUUCGGUGUUGUUUUGUUUGAUCUUUUUUGUCUUGUAAGAGAUGACAACAGUGUAUCUAACUUAAGCUAUUGCUUUUCAAAUUAGGAGGUUAGAAUAUAUUCAUAAAUUUACCAGAGUCAAUAAUAAAUAUAUUUUGUAUUAAAAUA